AUGCGCAAUGAUCGUCCUUCCCGCAUCCUCACGCGACGUUCGAACGGUAGCUCUAGAGAAAUUCUCUGCAUAGUGCGCGAAAAUGAUGACGCCGAGUGGUUUGAUGAAACUGAUGUUGAUCUUCAACAAAGCACAGUGCCAACAACUAACUUGCAAGAUGCUUAUCCAGUUAUUGGUGUUGAACAAAGCCUUGUUAAUCCGUGGUCCGAGGACACUGCUCAUUAAAUAAUAAUAUUCAUAAAGUUUUUCGCAUUCCUUUCAUUAUUUUUGUCAAUCAAAAAUAACCUGCAAGUCCUGUAAUCUUUCUGUCUACCUCUAGACAUUAUUGUACUCUUUAAUUGUGUAUAAUACAAUUAGAAAAUUAAGAUUCAUUGUAAGUACUAAAAAUACACGGGAUAUAUGGGGAGGGGGGGGGGGGUAGUCUUAACCUCACCAUGUAUCACUAUGGGGGAGGGGAGGUUAAAAAAUGCCAAAAAAAAACAUCACGUGAUUAAUGGAUUAAUGGACGGCACCUUAGACCAGCGUUUUAAGAAGCUGGCAUUUAGAUUUGAUGCGCCAAGUUAUGAGUCUGCCAAAGAUGCAUUAAAAACUGAGCUGCAAAACGAGUUCAACUGUCAACAGCAACCUAUAGAACCUACUGAGUCAACGUUAGCUAUAUCAACUAGCAACACUGACGCUGAUAUGAAUUCAAUUUGGAAAGAUUUUGACACUCUGGUGACGUCAGCGUCAACUUCAAACACUGUAGUUUGCAGCAGUAUUAUUACUAUGAAGCAAUAUUUAGAAGAAAGAAUUAUACCCCGAAAUGAGUGUCCUUUGAGAUGGUGGCAGGCGCGGGCAAUACUAUACCCGGAGCUCUCAAGUUUGGCUGAUAAAUAG